GGCAGCGGCAUCGUCAAAACUGGCUGCUUCUGGUUUCAAGACAUAAAUACAAAGCGAGACUCAUCGAAUACACAAAGAACAGUGGAUCGGCACGGCUCUCCGGUUUACGCUGAAGACGAUAAAGUCAGAGUUUACGUGGUUGCGUCAUCCUGGCAAUGAAAUUGUAAAAUUGGACAUAAUUUUACACAGAAAAGAUUCCCUAAAAGAAGAGCUUGGACGGCAUGCAAAGUUGUGAAAUAUCUUCAGACAGCACUGAUGAUCCUCUUAGUAGAGCCUUACGCCGACAACCGCGAAUAGUAGUGAUCGGUGCGGGCUUGGCCGGCCUUGCCACCACCAAAACCCUUUUGGAGAACGGCUUCACCAAUGUCACGGUGCUAGAAGCCUCUGAUCGAAUCGGAGGCAGAGUGCAAAGCAUUCAGCAAGGUAAAUCUACUUUGGAACUUGGAGCAACCUGGAUCCAUGGGGCAAAUGGGAACCCCAUCUACCACCUGGCUGAAGACAAUGGGCUCCUGGUGCACACCACAGAGGAGGAGCGGAGUGUGGGCCGCAUCAGCCUUUAUGGCAAGAACGGUGUGGCCCACUACCAGACCAACAACGGCAAGCGCAUCCCCAAGGAUCUGGUGGAGGAGUUCAGUGACCUGUACAAUGAGGUGUACGAGCUGACUCAGGAGUUCUUCCAGAAUGGAAAGCCUGUUGGAGCCGAGAGUCAAAACAGUGUGGGGAUCUUCACACGAGAUGUGGUGCGCAAGAAGAUCAUGUUCGACCCUGAUGACUCGGAUUGCACCAAGAAACUCAAGUUAUCUAUGCUACAACAGUACCUCAAGGUGGAGAGCUGUGAAAGCAGUUCCCCCAGCAUGGAUGAAGUGUCUCUAAGCGAGUUUGGUGAGUGGACCGAGAUUCCCGGCGCUCACCAUGUCAUUCCCGUUGGUUUCAUUAAAGUCGUUGAGAUCCUGGCUCAGGACAUCCCAAGCCGAGUCCUACGCCUCAGCAAGCCUGUCCGCCGCAUCCACUGGAACUGCAGCUCCCAUGAUGCCGAGGAAAUCAGUGACCAGGCCGACCAUAACCAGGACCAACGGCCCAGCGCUGCCCCGGUCUGUGUGGAGUGCGAAGACGGUGAGUGUCUGCCGGCAGACCACGUGAUCGUUACGGCCUCUCUUGGGGUCCUAAAGAAGGCUCACGGGACACUCUUCUACCCGGGCCUGCCUCAAGACAAGGCACAGGCCAUCCAGAAACUGGGUAUUAGUACCACAGACAAGAUCUUUCUGGAGUUUGCAGAGCCCUUCUGGAGCCCAGAGUGCAACAGCAUCCAGUUUGUGUGGGAGGACGAGGCUCAACUGGAGAGCCUGGCAUACCCAGAAGAGCUGUGGUACAGAAAGAUCUGCAGCUUUGAUGUGCUGUAUCCGCCUGAGCGCUAUGGCCACAUGCUGAGUGGCUGGAUCUGUGGAGAGGAGGCACUGCGCAUGGAGAGUUGCGAUGACGAGACUGUGGCAGAGAUAUGCACCGAACUACUGCGCCAGUUCACAGGGAACCAGAAUAUUCCGAAGCCACGGCGGAUCCUGCGCUCCUCAUGGGGCAGUAAUCCCUACAUCCGGGGUUCAUACUCCUUUACUCAAGUGGGCUCUAGCGGCAGAGAUGUUGAGAAGCUAGCUGAGCCCCUGCCUUAUACCAAGAACACCAAGGCUCCGCCUCUACAGGUGUUGUUUGCUGGGGAGGCCACCCACAGAAAAUACUAUUCCACUACCCAUGGUGCUUUGUUGUCAGGACAGAGGGAGGCCAAUCGCCUGAUCGAGCUGUACCAGUACUCAUUUGGUGCGGAAACCACAAAGCCUAACAUUUAAAUGAAACAAAUUGCAACAAAAAGAAGAACCACUUACUAGUGACAAAUGCAUUUGUGUUUUGUGCUAUCUGUACUUUAAAUGAUUAAAUUAUGAAUGAAAACCUAGUAGGGGCAUUAAACUAAUAACAAUAAAUCCUCUUUAUACUGUACUUAGAUUAGCCCUCUGUAGAUUUCAUGUACUGUAAAAGGCUGCCAGUGUGGUGCCAUCUUUGGUCCUUAUCCUUUUUAUUUUCUGAUUAUUUUUAACCCAUGUUUAAUAUGUUUCUAUCAUUUUUUGUAAGUGCCUUGUGUAUUUAAUUUUAUGUCUUUAAAAAUUAAACAAAAAGUCUUGAUAUGAAUAAAGUGUAUCUUAAUGUGAACAAAAAAGAUGAGAUAUUUUUCCU